AUGGCUCUCUCUCAGGCUGCUGCGCUCGUUGAAAAGGUCAUCGGCCAUGGCGGCGAGGCCACCACCGAACAGAACCUCACGAACCCGUCCAAAGAUCCUGGCAAGUACGCCGACCCGAGUGGUGAGAAGAUGAAAGCGCUGGUAUGGAAUGGCAAGAAUUCAGUCAAAGUUAUCGAGACGUUCAAGCCUGCCAAAAUCGAAGACACCGACGUUAUCGUCAAGGUCACCGGUUCGACGGUAUGCGGCUCUGAUCUCCACCUUCUCCACGGCACUGUUGUCGAACUGCAAAAGGGUGAUAUCCUCGGCCAUGAGUUCUGCGGUGUUGUUGACUCGGUCGGCCCUGCCGUCAAAAAGGUCAAGGCGGGCGACCGAGUGGUGUGCAGUUUCCAGAUUGCAUGCGGAAGUUGCAUGUACUGCAAGAAGAAACUCAGCAGUCAGUGUGAGAAGACAAACGACAACACCAUUGAGAACGUCAUGUAUGGCGGCCGGACAGCCGGUAUGCUUGGAUAUUCUCAUUUCACAGGGGGCUAUGCCGGCGGCCAGGCCGAGUACGUAAGAGUCGCAUACGGCGAUGUCAACCUCCUACAUAUUCCAGAGGGUGUGCCGGAUGAGAAAGCCCUUUACCUCAGUGACGUUCUGGCUACAAGCUGGAACUGCGUCGUUGACACUGGCGUCAAAGAGGGCGAUGUCGUGGCAGUCUGGGGUGCUGGGCCCAUUGGUCAGAUGUGCGUUGACUUCGCUUUCAUGUGCGGUGCGAAGCGGGUCAUUCUGAUUGAUGGUGGCGCCGGCUCUUGGAGACUAGACUAUGUCAAGAGCAAGAUUCCCAAGACUGAGACGCUCAAUUUUACAGACCUACCAAAGGGUGAGACUAUCACGAGCCAGCUCAAGAAGAUGGAGCAUGGCGGCCCGGAUGUCGGUCUCGAGUGCGUUGCCGGCGAGUAUGCGAAGGGCUGGGGUCACUAUUUCGAACUCUUGCUCGGAGCUGAGACUGACACCAGCGAAAUCAUCAACGAAAUGAUUGCCAGCGUCAAGAACUUCGGCCGUGUGGGUGUGACUGGCGUUUACGUUGGCUUUAUGAACCAUUUCGCCAUCGGCUCGCUUAUGGAGCGUGGCAUCCGCCUCAUCGGAAAUGGUCAAGCACCAGUGCAUCUUUACUGGGAGGAACUGCUCAAGAAGAUCCAAGACGGUUCGAUAGAACCUCUGAAAAUGGUCAGCCACCGCGUCCUUCUCGAGGAACUGGAAGAGGUCUACAAGAGAUACGAUGAGCGUGAAGAGGGCAUGCAGAAAGUCUUUGUUCAGACCAAGUUCAGCUUCCCACCUUCCGAAGGCGCUCCGCAAUUGACCAAGUACGGUACUGCCUAG